GGAGAGAGGGAGGAGAUUGGAGGAAAAAAAGAAAAGAAACAAAAACCUGUUGUAUGCGACGCUGGACUGGGGACGAAAAGGUCGAGAGAGAGAGAGACGGCGCGGGUGCCAAUGAGGGCACGGGAAAGGCGCGCAUACAGGGGAAGUUGAAUGAUGUGAUGCAAACUUGGUACAUAACAUGACAUGAUUUGCCACAAAUGGCUUAAUUUAUGGAGACCAAAGGCUAUCGGAGUUAUCCAGAAAGCUUAGAAAUGGAGAGGCACUGGAGUCAAGGUUCUCAGUCUACGGAAUAUAUGUCUGCAGGAGAAGAGCGGGCUGAAGAGAGUAAUAACUAUAUGGAGAUUGUGAAUGUGGGUUGUACCACUGGUGCUUUUCCAAAUAACAGCUCUCAAGGAAGCAACAAAGAAAAACAUGAACUACUUUCUUGCCUUCAGCAAGACCAUAAUCAGCCUGGUAUUUUAGCUUCUGAUGUGAAAACUGAGUCAGACUCAAAGGAACUUUCUGCAACUGUAGCUGAAUCAAUGGGUUUAUAUAUGGAUUCUGUAAGAGAUGCUGAUUUUACCUAUGAUCAGCAAAGUCAACAAGGAAAUAUAAAUCCUGGAAAGAUGUACCAAAAUGUGGAGCAGCUAGUAAAGCUAUACAAGGAGAAUGGCCACCGCACGUCUCCUUUGAACACCCCGAGCAGGCCUCUGAGACCUCUAAUAUCAGAAUGUGCAAGUUCGGUGAAUGGUGGGAUCCUGCCUCCAAUUGUCAAAAGUCCUAGAGUUGGUCAAGAGAAGAGUCCUCCUGACUGCAGUCCUCAAAGUAUGACUUCUUCAGUAUGCAGCCCACCUGGAAUUAAUUCUGUAUCAUCAACCACACCUACAAACUUUGGAAAUUUCACAGUAAACAGUCCAGUCAACCAGGGAACGCCUUUGUCGUGCUCGCCCAUCAUUGAAAACCGAGGCUCAAUGUUGCACAGUCCUCCACAUGCUAGUAAUGUGGGGUCUCCUCUUUCUAGCCCUAUAAGUAGCAUGAAAUCACCAAUUUCAAGCCCACCUAGCCACUGUAGUGUGAAAUCUCCAGUUUCAAGUCCUAAUAAUAUUACCAUGAGAUCUGCAGUAUCCAGUCCUGCGAACAUGAACUCAAGGUGCUCUAUUGCCAGCCCUUCCAAUGCCAAUAACAGGUCUACUCUUUCUAGUCCAGCUGUUAGUACUGUAGGGUCCUCUAUGUGUAGUCCAGUAAAUGGUGCACUAGCCUUUCCUGCAUCUAGCACACCUACUGGACCUGGCACAGGCCAAGACAUUGUUCCAAGUCCAGAUAUAAAGGACAAUAAAGGUGCUCCAGAAAUCUUAUUUCCUAAAAUAGAGGAAAUGGAUAAUGCCAUCCCUAACAGUGAAGUAGCUAAUCAAAUGAAUCUUGUUCAGUUUAUAAAACCUGAGCCAGAUGGGGUAUUCAGUAGCUCAUGCCUUGCAGCAAACAACAGAAUCAGUUCUGAUUCCCCAUUUUCAGUAUCAAUAAAGCAAGAAUCAGCUAAACAUUCUUGUUCUGGUGCUUCUUUUAAAGGGAAUCAAAGUGCAAAUCCAUUUCCAUUUAUGGAUGGGUCAUAUUUUUCUUUCAUGGAUGAUAAAGACUACUAUUCACUUUCUGGGAUUUUAGGACCGCCUAUUGCGUCAUUUGACGGCUCAUGUGAAAACAGUGGGUUUCAGAAUCAAAGCCUCUCCGUAGGAAUUAAACAGGAACCUGAGGAGAGCAGCUAUUAUCAAGAGAACACUUUGCCAUCCUCUGCCAUUGUUGGUGUGAAUUCGGGUGGACAGUCAUUUCACUAUAGGAUUGGAGCUCAAGGAAGAAUAUCUUUAUCGCGACCUGUUGGUAGAGAGCAGUGUUUUCAGCACAUGAGCUCAUUUCCUCCAGUCAGUAGCCUGGUGGAGUCAUGGAAAUCACAUUCUGAAUUGUCUGCCAGAAGAAAUGAUGGGUAUCCUGUUCUAGAAUACAUUCCAGAAAAUGUGUCAAGCUCCUCUUUGAGAAGUGUAUCAUCUGGAUCCUCAAGACCUUCCAAAGUGUGUUUGGUGUGUGGGGAUGAGGCUUCUGGAUGCCACUAUGGAGUAGUUACAUGUGGCAGCUGCAAAGUCUUCUUCAAGAGAGCAGUGGAAGGUAAAUCCUCAUGGCAGCACAAUUACUUAUGCGCAGGACGGAAUGACUGCAUAAUUGACAAGAUUCGAAGGAAAAACUGUCCAGCUUGCCGAUUGCAGAAAUGUCUUCAAGCUGGAAUGAACUUGGGAGCUCGGAAGUCAAAGAAACUGGGAAAAUUAAAAGGAAUCCAUGAAGAACCACAACAGCAGCAGCAGCAGCAGCCACCACCACAAAGUCCAGAAGAAGGGACUACAUACGUUGCUCCAGCAAAAGAGCCUUCCGUAAACACAGCACUUGUUCCUCAUUUGACUUCAGUCUCACCAGCACUUACUCCCUCACCCGCUAUGGUCCUAGAGAACAUUGAACCUGAAAUUGUAUAUGCUGGCUAUGAUAGCUCAAAGCCAGACACAGCAGAACACCUGCUAUCUACUUUAAACCGCCUUGCUGGCAAGCAGAUGAUUCAGGUGGUAAAAUGGGCAAAGAUACUUCCAGGUUUUCGAAACUUGCCUCUUGAGGACCAAAUUACUCUAAUCCAGUAUUCUUGGAUGUGUCUAUCAUCAUUUGCCUUGAGUUGGAGAUCGUACAGGCACACAAACAGCCAGUUCCUCUAUUUUGCGCCUGACCUAGUCUUUAAUGAAGAGAGGAUGCGCCAGUCUGCAAUGUUUGAAUUAUGCCAGGGGAUGCACCAGAUCAGCCUUCAGUUUGUUCGCUUGCAACUUAGUUUUGAAGAAUAUACCAUAAUGAAAGUAUUGCUGCUGUUAAGCACAGUUCCCAAGGAUGGCCUGAAGAGCCAAGCUGCAUUUGAAGAAAUGAGGGCAAAUUAUAUUAAAGAACUGAGGAAGAUGGUUACUAAACAUCCAAACAGUUCUGGGCAAAGCUGGCAGCGGUUUUAUCAACUGACAAAGCUCCUUGAUUCCAUUCAUGAUCUUGUUAGUGAUCUGUUGGAAUUCUGUUUCUACACCUUCCGGGAGUCUCAGGCUCUAAAAGUGGAGUUUCCAGCCAUGUUGGUAGAAAUCAUCAGUGACCAGUUGCCCAAAGUGGAAUCCGGGAAUGCCAAGCCCCUCUACUUCCACAGGAAGUGACAGAAAAUGACUUAUUGGAAAACACACACAAAAAAACUUUGCCUUAAGUUUCCCUGUGCUAUUCCAUUCUCAUGAAGGACCCAAGAAGCCACAUUUUAAAAUAUGCUAUACAAAAUUGUUCAACCAUUUAAAAACCAUAGGAAAGGGAUUUGGAGGAGGGAAAGCAUCUUAUUUGAACUUGGUGAGACAAGGUCAGCUUAGAUGUUCAAGGACUGUCCCCCUACCCCCAAUACUGCCCACAUUUAGGAAAACAAAACAAACAAAAAAGAAAUGUUCUAUUCCUCUGGAUGAAAAGCCAUAUCUAGUCAAAUAACUCUUUGGUUUUGAUAUUUAAGAAACAAACAUUUUAAAUAUGCCAUGUAGUUUCUGGUAUUGUUUCCUUCUUUUAAAAAGGUUCAAGGACUAAUAUGAACUUUUUAAAAGCUUACCAUUGGUUUGCACAUAAAACAAAGUCAAUAUGGGGCAUUAAUUCUUGUACUAUAAAAUACACAUAGAGACACACAUACACACACAAAUCCCUAGCUGUGUAAAUUAAAUAAUGGAGCAUUUUGAUGUGGAAUAAUUUUGGUAUAUUCAUCUGUGGCAUUUGUUAUCCCAUCUUAUCCAUCAUAGAUGAUCUACACUGUGUUAAAGUGUUCAUUUAUUAUUUAACUUGAAAGGAUAAGAUGCUAAAACAAAUGUCCCAGUUUCAAUUUCUAGUAUCUAUUGUGCUGGCUUUACCAAUAAUUUUUUGCAGUCUUUUGCUGUACUGUACAUUGCUGUAUGUAUAAAUUGAAGGACCUGAAAAAAUGGUAUAAGGAACUUUUGUAAAUGAGACCUAAAAAUCUUUAAUGGUUAAUAGGAUGAAUGGGAAAGUAUUUUUGGAAGAAUUCUAUUUUGCUGGAGACUAUUUAAUUACUCUUUUUUUGUCUAAACACAAAGUAAUUUUUUUUGUAAAGUGAACUGUUUUGCAUGCAUAAUGAACUGUUUACAGUGUAUUUAAGAAGGGAAAGCUGUGCCUUUUUAGCAUCAUAUCUAAUUUACCAACUGACAAUGUCUGUUGUAAAUAACCACCCAUAACCAUUUUCAGUUGCUCUUUUCUGUCCAUUCUCAUCCGUGUACCUGCCUCUUCCACAUUAUUCACCUGCUGCUUUUACACGACUCAAGCACAUGAGUUCUGCUUCAUGACUUUAGCUGUGUUUGCAGCUUUCAUCUACAAAGUCCAAAGGGCCCAGUCCAACGAGUUGUCCAUUGGAGUGGAUGAAACUGCAUCAGCAUAAGGCUGCCCCUUUAUUUCAACAGAGAUUGCUCAGGCCAGCUUUCUGGUGACUUCUGUCCAGUCUUUUCUCAAAGGCUUGCCAACUUCAGUGAGAUUCUGUCUGCCAGUCUGGGCCACAGUACAGCACAAACUAAAACCCCUGGCAUUUUUGCAAGGAAAGCCUCAUUGAAUUUUGUGGGCCUUACUUCUGAGUAGACAGGAUUGUCCCCUUGAUUUCAGUGGAACUUUUGGGGUGCCUAAUUUUAUGCUAAGACUGUGGCUAAAGAGUCAGCUAAAACAUUGUGGGUUUUUCCUUUUUAAUCUGAAAUAUAUAUAAACUAGGAAAGAAAAUAACUGUAAAUCUGAACAUGAAUAUCUAUGACACAUCCUAGGCAAAUUUGUCCAAUUAUUAUUAUGGGAAGGAAAAGGUCCUGGCAAAUGUUGAGAGGUUUUACACCUAGACUAUAUGUGGAAUUAUAUUCUACUGGACUGUUUUUAGGAUUGACACCUCAAUAAUAUUAAUACCGUUAACAUUUUUUCAAAUCAAUCAUAACACAUAGCAAAUAUUGACAUGAACAUUUAAAUCUGGAUUGCUUUCAAAACUUUUGCUUGGUUUGAUUACAAAGAUGUAUCUUUCUUGGGGCGAUCAUUCGUCAUUAUGUAUUGUAUAAAUAAUUUAAACACUGGAGCAUAAAUUAUAAAAUCGUUUCGUAUGACCAUUGAGAUAUUAAACAUAAAUGUAAAGAGAAUAAUUGUCAGAGUUAUACUUCCUGAACCCGGGUGCUAGGUAAAGUGUGUUUAGUCUGAGAAAAUGAAAGAAAUUUUAAUAACCAAGGCUAGAAUCCAGAGAACUCUUAGUUAUGUCAGAAGCUUGCAUAUCCCCAGUGGGCUCCCUCCUUGCUCUGUUGAACAGCAAAUCUCCAUGAUGGAAUCGUAAACUGCUUUUGAAUGUACCCUUGGUCUCAAAAGUGGUUUUCUAUGGGGGAUGAAAGCUCAUAAAGUAGUUCUUCAAAUAUUGCACUUAGGUUCUCAACAAUUAGGUUUCUGAAAUUUUAAUGUUUAUUUGCAUUUAUUAAAUUGGAUGCAAACAUCACUUUUCUUUUUAAAUCACACAUCUUAUUGAAUAGAAAAUCUUCAUAAGGAUAUUAUUAUGCAGAAUCAAUCCAUAAAAUUACACAGGCCAUUAUUUACAGUUUUGAAAAUCUCAUUUCUAGAUCAGCUCCUUUGAUCUGCACAGCAAUAUGAAAGCUGCACUUCUACAGUGAUAAAAAUACACAGCAUGCAGACUGGUUCUUUAUAAUUUUGAAGUGGUCACAAAUCUUUCAUUUACUUGUAAGAAAACAUUGAAAUUUCAAAUUAUCCAGGUUUGUGGUAAAUGCAGUAUGCUACCGCUUUUUUAUUAACAAAGUUACUGAACUCUUUUCUAUCUCUAAGUAACUUUGCCAGAUUAAAAUAUUAAAGCCAUAUUCUUUUUUUAAAAAAUCCACUGUUAGAUGUCUGUCCCAAUUCACGUUGUUGUCUGAUUGCUCUUAUUUUUGUACCUUAUUGCAUUUAAUCUUGGUUUGGUACAAUUCAUAAUUCUCAGAAAUGUCAUACGCGAAACACUAAAUUAGUUUUAAAAACAAUUUAUAUCUUUAUGCAAAAUAUAUGUCUGUCUUUGCAAACAAUUGUAAGCAGAUUAUAAUAAACCCUUUACUUUAAUCACCUGUUUAUGAAACCAUUGAUUAUUGUGCUUAGAAAUCAUUAAAAUGAAAUUUAAAUGAAAAAAGGAGAUCAGGAGGACAUUGUACUUUAGAAUGAAAUAGGCAUCUGUCUCCUGCAAAAUAAGAUAAAACGUUACGUCAAAAUGUCAAAAUGAUAAAUUGUGUUGAUUGAGUGUAAUGAUUUUUGUGGCAAUGACUGAAUGAAGAUAUACAGCAAGAACAUUGUAUUCGUAAGUAAAAUAUGUAAAAUAGUUUUAAUUUACUGCAGUGGGAUCAUCAAGAAUAUUGCAUUGCAGUGUGUAACCCUUUUGUUGCACAGAACAAAAAAAGGACUAAAAGCUUGCAAUAUCAAACUCUUAAUAAAAUAUACUUUAUAAUCAACAAUGCAAAGAUCUAAUUCACAGGGUGGUAUUUUCACUGACUUUUAAAAACCUUUAUGAAGUUAAACAAUUGAAUGCACUUUUAAUUGUCUAUUAAAGAUGUAACAGUUUUGAUAGAGAAUGGAAAGAGAGAAAGGAGGGGUGCAAUUUCAACGGGCAGGUGAAUAACCCGAUUGGAGCUAUUGUAACAUCAGGAUUCUCCAAGGAGCAUUUCAGAAUUUGUGGAAGUGAACAGCACAUUCCACUGGGGACCUAGCACUUGUGCAAGAAAAGUUUAGUGGGUUGUGUUAUAAUUCUAUUACUAGAUGAUAAAACUGAAAAGCAGCCACCACUACGGUGUAAAACAACAACAUCUAUGCAUAAUGAUGCAGUAAUAACUAGGGGCUUGCUUCUGUAUGAUUAAAUUUUUUGAAUAAAUAGAAAAUUACUGUUUGGCCUUUAUGUUUAUGUCUUUAAGUACAUAACUUUUAUAAGCUGUAACAUAUACACAAAUUAAAAUUGUGUUUCCAAGUAUUCCUUGCACUUUGAUAUCAACUGUACUAAUCUGGUGCUGCAUCUGUUUCUUUGCAAAAAUGCCUCAGAGUGGUAUGUGUUAGGUGCAUGAUGCAGUUUUAUGUAAUGCGUUCCCUGCAGUUUUGAAUUUCUGCCUUG